ACGAGCCAGAAAAAAUAGAGGCAAGGAGCAGUGUGGAAUUCACUACUACAAAUUGCCAUCGACACUUCCACAUCAAUAACCAUACUACCAUAGUUAGUGGCGUAUAUUCCAGUACUACAUUCUAGAUUCUAGCUAGAUACUUAAGAGUUGAUAGAUAGCAUAAAAUAUAACAUAAUAUAAUAUAAUAAAGGAGUAUAGCGUAUAUCAUAUACCACAGUAACAUAAUUUAAAAAUCCUUUAAGUAUGAUAUCAACUGGCUUUCAUUGGGGGUCUAGUAGUCUACCAGUGACUGAAGAUCAUAAGCAUAAAUCAGGAAAUGAAGAUAAUUCAAAUCCUAUUAUAACUAGUACAUCUGCAUUAAAUUCCAUUCAUAACACAGCAGGAACUGUGUCUGCAUCAUCUAAAACUAUUCCUCGAAGUUUACCCCCUAUGAAUGAUAAAAAGAGAAAAUUUGAUGAUAAAGCUCCAUCUCCAAUCCCAUCUACAACUAGUUCAAGAAAGUAUCAUGAAUUACCAACAAAUCGUAAUAAAAAAUCAAAAACUCCUCGUAUUUUAGGUCAAGUAUUACCAGUCCCUCGUCUUAUUGAAGUUUUAGAUCAUAAAUCUCUUCAAUCACUUUUACAAAAUUUAGUUGAUUUACAUCCUGAAAUAAGUAAUACUAUUAAUAAUUUAUCUCCAAAACCUUCAGUCAAAGAUUCAAUGGAAUUAUUACAAGUUAAAUUUAAUGAUAUAAUUAAUCAUUUACCUUAUAAAUGUGAUGAAGAAAGUGAUUAUUCUUAUCUUCGUAUAAAACCCCUCCUUAAUGAAUUUUUAAAUUGUUUAUCAGAUUUCAUAUUAAAUUUCUUACCACCCAUAGAACAUAAUAUUAUUAAUUCACUUAAUUUUUUGCAUUUUAUAACUAAUUUAAUUCAUAAUUUACCUAAUUUUACAAGUAAUGAAUUCCAAUAUACUAAGAUGAUGGCUUAUGAACAAAUUGCUAAUACUUGGUUUAUUGUUUUAACUCAAAAUAUUCAAGGUAUAGAAAUUGAUGAUUAUAUGUUACCUCCUGUAUCUAAUAUACCAAGUACUGAAUCAAAUCAAUUUGAAACUUCAAAUGAAUCCAUUGAAAAUUCCAUAAAAUUGGUGAAAAUCAUUGAAGAAUUAGAUUUAUUACAAAAAUUAUCUAAACAUAAUGAAUUAGCCCUUGAUAAAUUUAAAAAUAUCAUUGAAUUUUUAAAAUUUGAAAUCAAUCAAGUUGAAACUUUCAAUCAUAUUUAUCAACAAACUGCUGAUUCCUCAGCUUCUUCAUCCACAAAUGGUGUGUUUGGAGAUUUGAUUACAGUUGAUUAUUCAAAUUUCUCAAUUUCAGCUCGUACAUCUCAUUAAUCGUCAUUCUCUUUCUUUUAAAUAGUUAGUCAUAAUUUGGUUUUAUAGAAUCAACAUUUUUAUUCUGUCUGGUUUAAAAA